GUCGAUGAUAAUCCCAGGACCGAAAUACCCGGGUAAGAACAUGAACGUGUAUCUGGAACCACUGAUUGAUGACUUGCUUCUUGGCUGGGAAGAUCGCGGGAUCCGAACUUAUGACGCGGCAAAGAAGGAACACUUCGAUAUGUAUGUCUGGUACCACACGUCUCUGCAUGACUUGCCAGCACGUGCUUUGUUCUGCGGGUGGUGUACACAUGGGAAGUGGCCUUGUCCGGAGUGCAGGCAAGCCGUGACUUUCUUCUGGCUAAACAAGGGUGGCAAGUAUUCCUGCUUUGAUGAAGCUCGACAGUUCCUUGAGCAGAAUCAUGAAUACAGGAGUGAUGUAAAGAGCUUCAAAAAAGGCCGUGUUGUCCAUGCACCGAAGCCAAUUCCGAAGACCGGACAGGAAACCAAGGCCGAGUUAGACGCUCUCCAGCCUAACCCUGAUGGGAAUGGUUUCUUGGGAUAUGGGGAGACACACCAAUGGACCCACAAGCCGUGCUUCUGGAAGCUUCCUUACUUUGAGUUUCUGGAGCUCCCGCAUAACAUUGAUGUAAUGCACACCGAGAAGAAUAUCAGUGAAGCCAUUUGGAGCACCAUAGUGGACACUGAGAAGACGAAGGAUAACAUAAAGGCUCGAAUUGACCAAGAAAAGUUGUGCGAUAGGCCAGAGUUGAACAUGAAGCCACCUCAUGGUGCCAAAAAAACUUGGACUAAGCCACACGCUCCGUUCUGCCUCACAAAGGCCCAAAAAAGGGAGGUCUUCCAAUGGAUGAAGGACUCCUUGUUUUUCCCUGAUGGGUUCGCAGCCAACUGGAUGAGGGGUCUUAACAUUGAAACAUUGCGAGUACAAGGACUGAAGAGUCAUGACUACCACGUAUGGAUUGAGCGGAUAAUGCCGGUGAUGAUUCGAGGCUAUGUCCCUGAGAAGACUUGGCGAGUGCUAGCGAGGUUGAGUUAUUUCUUCCGCCAGAUUUGUGCUAGGGAGUUAGACACUAAAGUGAUUGAGAAGCUGGAUGAACAGGCACCCAUGUUGCUUUGCGAUCUAGAGAAGAUCUUUCCUCCAGCGUUCUUUAAUCCGAUGCAACAUAUGAUCCUCCACCUCGCGAAGGAAUGCUUAAAGGGGGGGCCGAAUUGGGGCCGUUGGCAGUUUGGUCCCGAGAGAGAAACACAAAAGCUUCGUCAGAUGACUGGCAAUAAAUGCAAGAUCGAAGCAUCCAUAGCCGAGGCAGUCCUGAACGUGGAGGUGGCAAACUUCACCACUAAGCACUAUGAUCCCAACAUUCCCACAAAGCACAACCCGGUCCUCCGUUACAAUGCCGCCAACAAUGAAGAUGUACCCAAGCUUAGCAUCUUCAUAGGGCUUGGCGGCAAGUCAAGUGGCUCGAAGCCGUACACAACAAAUUUACAUGAGCGGGAGUUGAUCCACUCAUAUGUCUUGAACACCAUGGUGGAAGUGAAGCCGUACAUCAAACAAUUCACGGCUAAAUAUUGGAGGUAUACCCACAGGGAUCCUACCUCGGAAGAAUCCAAGGAUAUUUUCGAUAAGGGCGGCGGUCACGGUUUCAGUAGCUGGUUCUGUGGUUUGGUACUAUCCUAUCCAAAUUUGUUUGUACACUGUCGACAUUUCGGCCGACAUUUCUUGUUCUAA